UAUGACUAUUUCUGGCAGAGAAAAUCCAGAACUCCAUCUAGCUUUAGAUUGCUGGUGUUUUUUUGGGACCCAAUUCACAUAAUCAGUUGUGUUAGUUAAGUUGGGUCUAAGAAAACAGAGUUAGGUUGAUAAUUAUUAGAGUGAUUAAACCCGAAAUGAAGAGCACCAAUAACAGUUUCAGCUGCUAUUUUCUUGUCUGUCUACUCCUACUUGUGUCUGUAAAUUCCUUUGAGGAACCGCAGAAUGUUAAGAGAUCAGAAUUCCCAGAUGGGUUUCUUUUUGGAGCUACCACUUCUGCUUAUCAAGUACUUUCUGCUCUUAAUUAUGCUCUUCUAUUAAUAUAAUACUACUACAACAACAACAAUGGUGUGGGGAGGAUAACGUGUACGCACCUUACCCCUACUAUGAUUGAAGGGGCAUUUCUCGAAGAUGGCAAAGGACUGAGUAAUUGGGAUGUGUUUAGUCAUACUAAAGGUAGGAUAAAGAAUGGAGAUACUGGAGAUAUUGCGGAUGAUCAUUACCAUCGUUUUCUGGAAGAUGUUGAGUUAAUGCACUCUCUAGGCUUGAAUUCCUAUCGCUUCUCCAUCUCAUGGAGCAGAAUCCUUCCUAGAGGAAGGUUUGGUAAAGUAAAUUUUGCUGGUAUUAUGUUCUACAACAAGCUCAUUGAUUCUCUCUCACUCAAAGGAAUAACACCAUUUGUGACUCUCAAUCACCAUGACCACCCCCAAGAACUCGAGGAAAAGUAUGGGGGGUGGCUUAGUCCUCUAAUGCAGGAAGAAUUUUCCUAUUUUGCUCAAAUUUGUUUCGAGAGUUUUGGUGAUAGAGUGCAGUAUUGGACCACAAUCAAUGAGCCAAAUAUGUUUGCAGAAAUGGCCUAUGUGAGGGGAGUGUACCCACCUGCUCAUUGUUCCCGGCCUUUUGGCAACUGUUCAGUGGGAAAUUCUGAUACCGAACCUCUUAUUGCAAUGCACAACAUGUUAUUGGCACACGCCAAGGCUGCAAAACUGUAUCGCGAGCAUUUUCAGCCCAAACAUGGUGGAAUGAUAGGGAUUGUUGUGCAUGCAUUUAUGUAUAAACCGUUAAGGAAUGAUGACUUUGACCGUGACGCUGCUAAUAGGGCUUUGGUAUUUACCGCUGCUUGGGUUUUUGAUCCUUUAGUAUAUGGAUAUUACCCUCGAGAAAUGCGCGAAUAUCUUGGAAGUUCACUGCCGACAUUCACCUCAGAUGAAAGAAAGCUUAUCAAGGAUAGUAUUGACUUCAUCGGAGUAAACCACUAUGGCACCCUAUAUGUUAAGGAUUGCAUUUAUUCGAGCUGCGUUUGUUCCAAUUCUAGUUGUAUUGCUGGUGGAGAUCACCCUAUCCAUGGCUAUCUCAUUACUCUAGGAGAGAAAGAUGGUGUUCCUAUUGGAGAACCGACAGGAAUGCCUCGAUUUUUUGUCGUUCCUAGAGGAAUGGAGGAGAUUGUGGACUAUAUGAAGAAGAGAUAUCCUAACAAACCUAUGUUUGUUACUGAAAAUGGCUACUCUUCCCUAAAUCCUACUACUGCACAAGCAGCUGAAUUACAGCAUGAUAUUAAGCGAGUUGAAUUUCAUAAGUCAUAUCUUGCAUCUUUGGCUCGAGCAAUCAGGAAAGGUGCUGAUGUACGUGGUUAUUUCAUUUGGAGCUUGAUGGAUAAUUUCGAGUGGACGAGUGGAUAUGAGGUGAAAUUUGGUCUGUACUAUGUUGAUCGCUCUACUUUAGAUAGAGUUCCCAAGCUUUCAGCUAAAUGGUAUAGAGAUUUCCUCACUGGCGAAAAACCAAGGAAUGCAAUUUCAUUCAAGUAUACACAAGCAGAUCAGUUAUCACACAAAUAGUCACGCAUGCAUAAUCACACACAAGAAUUAUAAAAGAGAUGAGAGCUCUGUGCAAUUGAGAAAUUCCAGAUAUUUAUGUAUAAUAACACUUUUAAGUAAAUAAGAUAUGGCGGUUUCUGAUUUUGUUGUCA